CCGGAAAUUAUGUAACAUUUUAUUUAAAAUGUAAUCUUGGGAACCUGUUCUAAAUUACUCCGAUGAGUAUUAACCUCCUUUUCAAGAAGAAACAACGAAAACAAAAUCCCAAGGCAACCUUGAAAAGCAGCAACAAAAUGAUCAAGUAGCGUCAAUGGUAACGGGAGCAGUAACAGGAGCUUCUUACUGCUGCGUCUUGGAGCCUUGGAUUUGGUGCUGUGAGUUUCCAAAGGCGAUCGCAAAAAAGUUUGCCUAAAAAGAUUGAAACCGGCAGGCAGCGUAUAUGAACUCUUCCUAGAUUGUACCCAGAAAACUUUGGUAUCCACUAGCCACUUGAUGCCUUCUGGAACUGGUGGAUAACCCUAUGUCAGUAUCUUAGAAAUUAAGCAUAUACAGUUUUCAGUGUGUGCCAAUUUCUGAUGUGAUUGGGAAGAAGUUCUUUUGAAAUGGCAGCUUCCACUUUGACAGUAUCUGCUGAAGCUCAAAGAUUAAAAGAAACUCGGAGGAAAAAGAAAGAGGUAGAAGAACAGAGAAAGCUGGGCUUGGUACCAGCUGAAACUGACGAGGAUGGCAGGGAUAUAAAUCCACAUAUUCCUGAGUAUAUUUCGACUGUACCAUGGUAUGUAGACAGCACAAACAUACCUUCUCUGAAGCAUCAACGCCCUCACCUGGAGAAACAAAACAACUAUAAUACCAUAAAAGAUUGGUACAUACACAAUUUGAAGGGUAAUCAAACAACCAGAUACAGGAGAGGGGCGUGUGAAAAUUGUGGUGCUAUUACACACAUGAAGAAAGAAUGUAUGGAGAGGCCAAGAAAAGUGGGAGCGAAGUACACUGCAACAAAUAUAGCUCCAGAUGAAUACACUCAGCCACAGCUAUUCUUUGAUUACGAUGGCAAGAGAGACAGAUGGAAUGGUUUUGAUCCUGAGCAACAGAAGAAGAUCAUAGCAGAAUAUGAAAAAAUUAACAUUACUAGGAGAGAGUUAAAAACAAGGAAAAUUCAGGAAGAGGUGUCAAGUGACAAUGUACCAAACAAAGUGCAAAUCAGUCACGAGGAGGAGGAAGAAGAGGAUGCGGAUGACAAAGAUAAGGAUGAAGAUAAAUAUGCAGAUGAGUUUGAUAUGCCUGGGCAAAAAGUAGAUUCCAAAAUGAGAAUUACUGUCCGAAAUCUACGAAUCCGUGAAGAUACAGCUAAGUACCUAAAGAACUUGGAUUUGAACUCUGCUUAUUAUGACCCUUAUUCCAGAUCAAUGAGAGAGAACCCAUAUGCUGCUUCGGGAAAGAACUCCAAUGAAAAUGGAUACAUUGCUGAAAAUGUUUUGCGAUUAAUGGGUGACGCCUCCACGAUGGCUCAGUCACAAUUAUUUGCCUGGGAAGCCUAUGAGCAUGGAGUGGACGUGCAUCUCCAGUCAGAUCCCACCAAACUUGAGAUGUUGCAUAAAUCAUUCAUAAUGAAAGAUGAAGAGUUUAAAAAGGGUCAACGGGAAAGCAUUAUUGAAAAGUAUGGAGCGCAAGAUUAUUUGGAACCACCCUCAAGAAUGCUGCUGUUGGCUCAGACCGAGGAGUACACAGAAUACUCCAAGCAUGGAUUUCCCAUUAAAGGGCAUUUAAAGGCUAUUGCUAAGUCAAAAUAUGAAGAGGAUGUGUACGUUAACAAUCAUACAACUAUAUGGGGUUCAUAUUGGAAAAAUGGAAACUGGGGAUACAAGUGCUGCCAUUCUUUUGUCAAGCAUUCAUACUGCUCUGAUGAAAGUGGUAGAAAAGCACAGGAGAUAAUUGACCUGAUGACUUCUCAAGAAAGUUUUCCAUGUGUGGUGAAGCAACAUUUGACAACUAAAUGUUCACUGGAAGCUUUUCCUGCAGAGGAAGAACAGUUAAAGAAAGUGGAUAAGCUAAUGAGACUAGAUGAGCGAAAACGGCCUUACAAUUGCAUGCAUGAUGGCAAGCAAUCAAUGGAAGCAGAAAUUGAAGCCUACCAGAUAAAGCGACAGAGACCAGAGGACCCGAUGUGUGCCUUUCUUGAAAAAAUCUAGAGCUUGUCUGAUGUGAUUUCUUCAUUCAUUUUAUCUCACGUUUUUCUGCAGUUUUUAAAAAUAAUCUGUUCCAAAUUAAGACAGAAUUUAAGAAUUUUCCACAAUUCUGAGCAAUCAUAAAUUUUAUAAAAUCGUCUCACAUGCUAAUUUCUAACUUUCUAUGUUUAACCCUUUCUGGAUUAACAUAG